GCUUGUGAUUUAGGUGAUCAAGCACAGAAACAUAAAUUUAAUUAUAUUAGUAUGCUGGUUUAUUUCUUUGUCCAAUUUGUAUCAAAAUCAAAAUAUUCUACUUCAAAUUCCAACAAAACACUAUAAACUCGCCUACCGCUCAAUGACACGACGUUGACUGACAUACAAAUAAAACACAUAACCAAAACAGAUACUGCGGUUCGGAAAAUUCCCCCCUACGGCCAGUCCACCUGUGUGUGCUUUACAAAGCAAAGAAAUGAAUUAUCUCUACCGGAAUAACGCUGCCAACCGAAUCGCAAGGUUGAUGAAAACACUAUGCACAGAAGGUUUGCCGGCAUCGUCAACAAGGUGUUACUCAACCAAACUGGCUCCAGAAUCGUCGAACGUACCGAAAGUUGCUUCCACCGCUAGUAAUGUGCCCACUGAACGGAAGUCCAUUAUCCCACCUAACUAUCGAUAUGUAUAUCAAGAGUUUCUACCCGACCCAAAAGUCGAGUGGCGCAAUUCCGUGCGCGAAAAGCUCGAACGCAAGGACAUGUUAGAUCGACGCGCCAAUAUCGAUAUUCCAGAGUUCUAUGUUGGUUCUGUUGUGGCUGCGACAUCUUCUGACCCGCACGCUGAAAACAAAACCGCACGUUUCGUGGGCAUUUGCAUUUUGCGGGAGAAGUGUGGAUUGCGAGCCAGGUUCAUUCUGCGCAACGUGAUCGAUCAUCAAGGUAUAGAGAUUAGCUACGACUUGUAUGAUCCGACGUUGCAGAAAAUCGAGGUGCUACGGCUCGAAAAGAGGCUGGACGAUAAUUUGCUCUAUCUGCGCGACGCGCUGGACGAAUAUAGCACGUUCGAUGUUAAUAUGGAGCCGGAAAUCUUACCCGAAGGUGCGCCGGUACCGAUAAAUGAUGUGAAAGUGGUGCUCAAACCUCGACCGUGGUACGCUCGCUGGGAACGACACAAUCUCCAGGGUGUGGCCAACAUUGACGAGCACACGAACGAACGGAAACGCAGAAAAGCCGAAGCUGUUGCAAAGCCGUGGGAGAAGUACGAUCUUAUGAAAGAGUACCGACGCACCAUACCGGAGGAAGAGCAGAAGGAGAUUUUCACCGAAAUUUAUUCGCAAAUCCACUCGCUAGAAUUGGCACGAAAGAAGAUGAAACGCAAGCGCACGUUUGUGAAACCUACCAAGCUAGCUUAAUUUAUCCUCACUGCAUACACAACACGCCUUUAUAUCCUGCUCAUACUAGUGCAGAACGUACCCAUUAACACCGUAGCAAUAAAACGUAAAAAAUGAUUAGUUAUGAAA